AUGGACGCCACCAAUAAUUAUUCGGAGAAUUUUGUCACCCAACUUCACCAGACUGUUGUUUUUUCCACUCACACAAGAUUUCUGGACAACGGUGAUAGUACGACUGAGAACGAAGCUCAUCAGCCCCAAGUCCAAAUUACUCGCCGUCCCGUCGAAACUCUUAGUCGAUUCGGUCACCUCGAUCAAGUGUCCAGAUUUAAUAAUCUUUGGACCAAAAAGGCAUGGUCGUCGGAACUGUUGACUCUUCGAGAUCGUCAGGAGAUCAGCGCUAUCUCGACCUCGCGAAUUCAUGUCACAGAAAAAAUGCGGAAAACAAAAUUCAAGUUCAAUGCCCUUCCUGUUGAAAUCCGAGAGAUGAUAUAUGAAUACACUCUUCUCAGACCUCUUAAGAAGAAAAAUAAAUCCACAUCUAAAGCACCUGUGUUCCUCAGCGCCCUAAAGAUGUACGGCACGCAGAGCCUGUAUAAUGAAGCGAAGACUACUUUUCAUUCUAUCAACCAAUUCACAUAUAAUAUUGUGAAAACUAUCGAGUUUGCGGAUCGGGAAGUAUGUGGGAUGUUUCGAAAAUUACUUUUGAUUAUACCUUCCACCUUUACGCCAUUAUCACAGAUCCCAACCCAGAUGUCUCUCCUUUAUUCUUCUCUCCGUCAUUUAACACUUCGCAAGAUGUUCUCCUACGAACAAGGCGGAUUCGAAACGUUUAUCACAAUCUCAUUGCCGAAAUUUGAGAGAUUGAUCUGUGUGAAAGUCGAAUGCGAGUAUGGGAAAUUUCUCACUUCAUCCUUCGUUCAAAAUCAAGACAGAUGGAUAUCUCUGUUGGACAAAAUGAUCACAGGGGAGAAUGGGGAGUCUGUACAGGGCAUUCGAAUGGGAGAUAAAAUCAAUGGCACGAAACCUAGUACUCCUACGUGGGUUUGGAAGGUUGAAAAUCGCGACUCGGGAAAAACCAGAAUGAUGGAUGGUAUGCAAAGAGAAAUAAACUUGGUUAUUAAGCAUAGAGUUUCUCAUGUCAAAUUUUAG